AUGGGCAAGGCGAAUCGCCUUCAGAGGGGCAAGCAGCACAAGGGCCGUCGCACAAGGGAGACCCCUCGCCCGGAGGAGAGUGUGGCCGCUGCCAAAGCAGGCCCUGGCCCAGCUCCCAGCGGCUCGAGCUCUUCGGGGACGACCUUCAAGGUCUUGGUGCUCGCGCCACGGCGCUUUAUCCGCCUCUUCGAGGCUCACCCGCCGUAUUUGGCUGGAACUCCGGGAGUUAUCCUGCCAGAUGACAUCCCUGGCACUCCGCUGAGCACUACCACGGCCCCGCUCGCUGGUGAUCCCUACUUCUCUGAGAUUGUCCAGGAGCGCCUUUACCGUCUAUAUCGCUGGGUGGUAUCGCCGCCACCGCCAUCGCGAUAUGUCAGGCCACCACCAGCUUUAGCACCGACGCAGGUUGAUGGUCGUGAAGACUCGGACCGCACUGCACGCCCGACGGUCCAGAUCCACUCGGACAGCGAUACGGACGAAGAGGAUGUGGUGGUGCUUCUACCGGGUCCAGGCGGGCAAGAAAAACUGCCGGAGGUGAUCAGCACGGCCUCCUCCCUGGAGCCUCCGGCUUCCUCGAGCUCUCAGUGUACACCUCCGGCUUCGGGUCCCGAGAAACGGCGUCAGCUCCUGGCCAAUGUGGUGAUGCGAGCGGCCGAAGAUGGAAGUCUUGCCAAGGCCCUCAGCCGAGUCCGGUGGCCUGAGUCAGAAGACGCACCACCAGGGCACACGGACUCUGAGAGCGACACCGUGGAGGCGCUGGAACCCGGAGAUGGUUUGCCACCCCCGUCGCCGGAGAACAUCCUGCGUGCGGACCCAGCAGCCUCCACCCUCCUGUCGCACACCUUCCAAGGUAUCUCCCCUCCGGAGAACAUGCUGGAGAGUGUCCCAGAGAUGGUGAAGCUCCUGCCUGCCUCGGUGGCCUCACAGGAUCCGCCCAGUACGUGCCAGCCUCUGCCUACGAGGCGAUGGCGACGGCGUCAGCUCUCUCAACUUGAGGCGGAGGCGGAGGCACAUGCCAAGGCAGACCCUCCGACGGUUACCUCAAAGGGACUCCCGAGUCGAUCCCCUUUUUCUCCGAUCACCCGGACAGACACCAAACGGGUGCGGCCUGAGAAGCGCAGCUCUGCGUCCAGUUCUAAUGAUGACAGCUCCUCUGGUCGAUCGGGGCGGAGCCAAGGCCACGAGCCCCGCCGUUUCACAGACACGGGCAUGACUCAGCCUGGCACUCCGACCAGCCCGGCAUAUAUGCGUGCUUCCUCUGCAUCUCCUGUGAGAGCCUUCAUGCGCCUUGCAGUAGUGAUGUUCUCACUGCCCAGGUCCUUGGGUGCUGUUCAUGGACAGUGGUCUUUUUGCGUGGCCCUCAGUCUGCAGCGCUACCUUCACUUACCAGCAUCCUGCCACACACAUCAGUGGAGCCCACAGCAGGCCAUGCUUCUGCCACCCAGCCGUUUUAGCCCUCAGCCACACGCUGGUGCCUCUUUCUCUGGGCCAUGGCACCUGUUCGCAAGCGGCCAGCCGGUCGUCCCUCCGGACACCGUGCUCAGAAAUCUCGUACACAGGACCCAACCGGACCGCUCAAAGCUUCCCUCGGACAUACCCACUACGCCGUCCUGGUUUGCAAGUGAUCCCGACGAGGUCCGCGCCUCCGACUCGGACCAGAUCGAUCGAGAAAUGGCGGCUCGUGGCCUUCCACCGCCCCCAGUUCCACCUCUCUGUGAAAACGAUGAGCCGCGUGGUCCGCCGCCUCCACGACCAGUCCGGUAUGAUGAUGCCCCUGGCUCGCUCAGUGAGUCGGAGGGUCCGUGCAUCACGGAUAGCAGCUCGCUGCUCUCCCUUGUGGCCGCUGCAAACGGCGUGGGCUAUCAGGAUGUAGUCACGGCAGACUUGCUGCCUCAGCUCAGCCGACCUCGUUGGGUGUCCGACGCGCUCGAAAGCUCAGACGCAAAAGGCGAAUCGCUGCAGGAUGGAGUCAGCAGCAUUCUGCAGGCCCCCAGCGAUGCACAUGCCACGGGCAUCAAGCGUGCAUACAACCGGGCAGUCAGAAGAGCACAAGCGAGCCCCUUGCAGGGAACCUUCUAUCGUGGCCGAUGGUGCUCUUUUCGAGCACCCGUCCUCUCGCCGCAGCCUCGGAUGGACCGUCGUCCCCAGCUGCAUGCUGCCGCCCCUGCCUCUGCUGCCAGGCUUCUGCAUGUCUCUUACAAUGCGGGUGGGCUGACGGGUGAAUCCUACCAGGAGUUGAUGCAGUGGCUAGCCCAGCUGCCUCCAGAGCAGUGCCCAAUGAUAGUGCACAUCCAGGAAACGCAUUGGUCGCACGAUCAGGAAUACAGCACACCAGGCUGGCACAUCAUAUCGUCGGCCUGCUCCUCCCCUAAGGCAGGGGGUCUCCUCACCCUAGUCAGCGCUCAGCUCUGUUCGGCAAAUCAGAUCUCAUCCUCCUCUCGCGUCGCAGGCAGGCUGCUCCACGUACGCAUCGAUCUGGGAGACCGCACGGUGGAUGCAAUUAACACCUACCAGAAGGUUUAUCAUUCUGGCAGCACGAGAAUCGAGAAAGGUCAGACUCAAACCGCGGCCGAUCAGCGCAUGGGCGUCUGGACAUCUCUUCGUGGUCUCCUUAAAGAGAUUCCAAUCCGUCACCAUUUAAUUUUGUCUGGUGACUUCAACUCGCCUGCCCCGCUCAUCUCCGAACUGGUGGGAAGCAAGGGAGCAUCUCAGAUCGAUCAUGUCUUUGUGCGCAAGGCCACCGCCGACAUGCCUGCCCGCGGCGGCAGCCCUGUAACUGGCCUCUGGCGACUUGGAGACAAGGGGGCCUACGCAACGCCUGUCGCGACCCGAGUCAUCCCGGAAUUCGGCACCUUCGUGUAUGUGGCAAGCCUAUCACUGCUGGCGGCAUGGACCGACGACAGGACUCGCGAAGCUAAACGGGCCUGGUUUCAUGAUCAAAUUCCUGGUAUGGAGCGAGCAUCUGCUGUCGGGGACGUUAGUCCCAACGAUGAGCUUUGGUCCCCUACGCAACAGGUGGACUGCCUCAAAACCUUCUUUCAGGAUCUGUAUGCGCCGGAGGACGAACCGGCACUACCACCCCUACCGCACCCACGGCGGCGAUUGUUGCCUGUGCUGAUCUUCUUGCGCCCUGGCUCAGUGACAAGGUCAGUCAUCCAGUACUCCCACGACAACUACGCCCUAUCGGGCUCACAGAAAGCACGAGCCGUGUUCUGGCCGGACGCAGCACAGGGGAGGCGCUGCAUCGUGUGUUCAGCCACUGUCACGAAGUGCUGGCACACCCUCAUCCCAUUCCUCUGCCUCCAAGCGGAAACGGCCCAAGUUCCUAUUGAGCUGAGGGUACAAUUACUUGAGUUCUACAGAGGUCUGCUCAUGCGCCGAUUGGCCCGCGCGACUUCAUCUGAGUGGGUCCGUCGCGCCCUCACGGCCUUUGCCGAUGACUUUCACAUUGGACAGGUUGUCUACUCCACCCGAGACUUGCUUCUGUCCAUCGACAGGCUCGGCCACGUUUUACAACUGCUCAUUGAUGCACGCAUGAAAGUCAAUAUUGACAAAUCCGUGAUUCUCCUCUCUGUCAAUCACUCCUAUGCCAGCCGCUGGCGACGUAGAGAAAUUCUUUCUGACAAGGAGGGCCCGCGCCUGCGAAUCUCGACACCCACGGCAGGCACCUUCAAGAUGCCAAUAGUGUCUACUCACAAAUAUCUGGGAGCCAUUAUCUCCUACCAGGAGGAUCAACGCGAAUUGGGCCUCUUCCAGAACUUCACGACACCGCCGGCGGGAAUGGACGCCUCAGCGUCGACCAUGACGUUCGCCAGCACGAGCUCGGAACCCAAGGGCAAAGGGAAGGGCAAGCAGCCCAAGGGCAAAGUCUUGGUCCAGCGGCCACUCCUGGACUUCCUCCGGCGACCUGACCGGUCAAAUGGCCCGUCUCCUUCUCCGCCGCUGCGCACUCUCCUCCUCCGAGCCACCUUGCAGGAGAUGGAGACCCGGAUCAAGCUCACCAUCAGCAAGGAGAAGCAGACGGCCAUCGACAUGCAGUGGUACAAGGAGGAGGAGGGCUGGACUUACAUGCAGUGGAACGCACAAAAAGGACAGCUCGAACUUCAAGCUACUCCGAGUCCACUUGCCACCGAGACCCUCCUCGAACUCCUCCGAGAGCUUCCCACCCUUGUGAAUCCAGACUCUGUGAAGAAAUUCGCGUCACUUCGCGGACUUCCACAGGAACCCCAGUCCGAAUGGAUCCACUUUCAGCUGGAGCUAGGGUUUCGGCCACAGGGGGACCGCAUGUGGGAAAUCUUUCAGAUGCUGCUCAACCAGAGUUGCCUCCACCCUCUCGGAGCGCGCCUGCGGAAGGACCGUCCCGGCCUGUCAGGCCUUGCGGCCCAAAUCCAACAGGCAGUAGGAGAAGUCCCCUUGCACUUUCAGCCAUUGCUUCGUGCAGUCCUCCACAAUGCAGAUGGCACUGCCUGCUACAUGAACACAGCUUUUAUUGCCCUGCUGUGGGCACUCGGCUGCUAUGAUCCCGCUAGAUCUGGUUCAUUGUGCAGCUUGUAUCAGUGCUUGACUGCGAGGUCGGACCUUCGAUUGAUGCGCAACAUGUGUUGGACCAUGUUGCUGGGGAACUGGGCCAGGCCCAAUCAACAACAUGACAUGCACGAAUUUCUGCUUCACCUCAUGCCGAGAGUCCGAUUAGAGGCCUUCAGCGGUCUGUGGCAAACUCGCAGAUUGGAAGACACAGGCACUGUGGUCUGUGCAUCUUCCAGUGCAUUGCUUCCGGUCACUGUUGACCUGCCCCUGGAGGCACGGGGGCUUCAGCAUUGCGUUCAAGAGUGGUCUGCCCGGCAUUAUCAUACCGCCUUCGAUGGAACCAUGCCUCAUCUCCUUUGCCUCCACUUGUCGCGCUACAGGCGUGAUGAUGAAAGGGGCAUUCUCAGCAAGGAUGAUCAGGCUCUCCCAGACUGGUCUGAAGUGCUUCGCAUUCCGCAAUUUGCGACGUCACAUGACCUUCAGAAGCACUGGAGACCCUAUCAGGUGUGUGCCAUGGCUCUCCACUACGGUCCUGCCUUGCAUCAGGGGCAUUACCGCUGUAUGACGCGAUGGGGUCAAAAUCCAGUGCGAGUCUGGUUGCAUGACGACAAUCGUGCAGCUGUGCCCCUCUCUCUUCCAGACUCUGUUGAGCUCAGUCGCAAAGCCUAUCUGAUAUGGGCGGUACGAAUGGACUGA